CUGCCCGGCCAUGGGCGGGCCUCGGCGCCCGGCCCCUCCCCCCGCACUGCGCGGCCGCCUGCGGCCUGUCACAGGCCGGGAGAGGCCUCGGACUCGAGAAGGCGGCUGUGGGCGGAGCCGGAUCCGCGGCCGCAGGGCACUGCACGGGCGCGAUGAAGGCGCUGAUCCUGGUGGGCGGCUACGGCACGAGGCUGCGGCCGCUGACCCUGAGCACGCCCAAGCCGCUGGUGGACUUCUGCAACAAGCCCAUUCUGCUCCACCAAGUGGAGGCGCUGGUCAAGAAGGCUGGGGUGAAUCAUGUGAUCCUGGCUGUGAGUUACAUGUCUGAGAUGUUAGAGAAGGAAAUGAAGGAACAGGAGCUCCGGCUGGGGAUUCGCAUCUCCAUGUCCCAUGAACAGGAGCCUCUGGGAACAGCGGGGCCCCUGGCGUUGGCCAGGGAGCUGCUCACGGAGAACUCGGACCCCUUCUUCGUCCUCAACAGCGACAUCAUCUGCGACUUCCCUUUUGCCGCGAUGGUGCAGUUCCAUCGGCAUCACGGGCAGGAGGGGACCAUUGUGGUGACCAAAGUGGAGGAGCCCUCCAAGUACGGGGUGGUGGUGAGCGAGGCGGACACGGGCCGCAUCCACCGCUUUGUGGAGAAGCCCCAAGUGUUCGUGUCCAACAAGAUCAAUGCCGGCAUGUACAUCUUCAGCCCCAGCGUGCUGCAGCGCAUCCAGUUACAGCCUACAUCUAUCGAGAAGGAAAUCUUCCCUGUGAUGGCCAAGGAGGGGCAGCUGUACGCCAUGGAGCUCCCGGGCUUCUGGAUGGACAUCGGGCAGCCCAAGGACUUCCUGACGGGGAUGUGCCUCUUCCUGCAGUCACUGAGGCAGACGCAGCCUGAGCGGCUCUGUUCCGGCCCUGGCAUCGUGGGCAACGUGCUGGUGGAUCCGAGUGCCAGGAUCGGGCAGAACUGUAGCAUCGGCCCCAACGUCAGCCUGGGCCCUGACGUGGUGGUGGAGGACGGCGUGUGCAUCAAACGGUGCACCGUGCUGCGAGGCGCCCACAUCCGCUCUCACUCGUGGCUCGACUCCUGCAUCGUGGGCUGGAGCUCCCGCGUGGGCCAGUGGGUACGCAUGGAGAAUGUGACUGUGCUGGGAGAGGAUGUCAUUGUAGGCGACGAGCUCUACCUCAACGGGGCCAGCGUGUUGCCCCACAAGUCCAUUGGCGAGUCGGUGCCCGAGCCACGAAUCAUCAUGUGAACCAAGGUGCUGAGUGGGCAGCCCCCACUUCCCUGGGCAAAGCUCAGGUGCUUCUGUGCCUCCAAGGGGAGGGACCUGAUGCCCUCUCCCCAACCCUGAGCUCACCACAAAGGGAAGGGGGAAGGCCCCUGUAAAUAGCUCUGUUUAUAAUGUAAGAGUUUAAACAAAGCUGGAGUUAUAUUGUUUAA